AUGGAUAUUGAGAAACACAAGCACAUCUUCGUCGAAUUGCAUGAACAUAUCAAACAAAAAGCAGAUAAAUCUCUUUCCGAUCUCGUUGAAUAUGCACAUAAAAUAGAAUGUUUUCUUCAAACUACAUUCGUUUCCAAUAACGAAGCAGUCAAUGAUAGAAAUCCUAAACAGUUGAAUUCCCUGAUACAACCAGUGCAAAAUUAUCUGCAUGAUUUCAUUGAAAUAGUUGAACAUUUAACCUUGUGGUUAGAAUUACAAAUUCCAUCGUAUAGUGACAACGAAGAUUUUCGGAUUGUAGUGCAGAAUGAGAUUCUCGAUGAUAUUGCGUCGAUGAAAGCGCAAUGUAUCAUCUACAUGGGUCGAUUCGUUGAAUAUCGUGAGCAACGCGCUCAAGCCAAUAAGGAACUGUUUAAACAACCGACAUUUGAUGAUAAUUAUCAUUUAAUAUCCAAUCUCGAUCAUCAAUUUCAUCGAAAUUUGAAACUAAUGCUUAUGGAGCUGAAAUCUUAUAUCUUACGUAUAUGUAAUUUAUUAACAAAAAACAAAGAUCUCCUCGAACGACAAAGUUUUCAUCGACAACAUAUCAACAAUUAUUUCUAA